GUGUUGAAAGCAAUACCUUGGCACCUGGUGGAUAUAUGGAUGGUGGGAAUAGAGACAAACCAUAUUGGAGAAUUCGACAACACAGAGACAAGAGGAGAUGUCCUGACCUAUAUGGUUAGCCAGGGUUACAAGCAUAUUGGUACUAUUGGCAUAGAUGAUAUGUUUAUUAAACCUGAUAAGGUUGAUGUGAGCGAUGAGCUGAUUACCUAUUUAAACUCACUCAUGAUAAAAAGUGAAUAUCCCAAUGAACCGCAAAUAUAAACAAUUUUUUUUGCUAGAUGAUCUUAAAGGGACUGUCGGCCUAAUUUCAAGUUUAAAAGUAAAAAAAUUUUCGUUUGUACAUUUCUACGUUAAUACAAAGGGUAUUAAUAAAAACAACAACAUAAACUACA